AUGUCGGGCCCCUACAUACAUGGCCUUAGUGAAAAUAAACGGAAAUAUUGCCGAAAACGUUCCCGAAAGAAUGAAGAAAACGAAGAAAGUCAAUUUUUUUUUUCUUCAGAAGACCACGCGCCCGCUAUGGAAAAAAAACGCCGAGUGAGUCAUGUCGACGCUGAAGUCAUCCCCAAAUUUCGACCUGAAGAUAAUACCAGUAACGUCAGCAGCUGGUUGCACAAGAUCGAUCAGCUUGGUGAAAUAUAUGGAUGGGAUGCAACCGAGAAACAAUUUUUAAUGCAACUUCGUCUGCGUGGUUCAGCUCGACGUUGGUAUGAUGACUUAGAUGAUUAUAACCUCGACUGGGAUGGAUGGAAACGUGCCCUGGAAAUGGCCUUUCCACGGUCCACUGAUUUCGUCAGCAGGCUCGAAGAGAUGUUGGCAAGAACAAAAAAAGAUUCGGAAACCAUGACUAAUUAUUUCCACGACAAAUUAUCACUUAUUAAAAAAUGCAAUAUCGUAGGAGAAAAUGCAAUCUCUUGUAUCAUCCGAGGUCUUCCCGUGGAGCUGCAAGCAAACGCAAAAGCGUACAAAUGUCGGACGCCACAGUUAUUAUACUACGGGUAUUUAUCAUCAUUUGAAAAUUAUAAGAGAAUAGAAGCUGCUACACCAAUGCGGAAGUCAUUAUGGAAAAGGGGUACAACCGAUGGAAGCUCUGCAACUGACCAACAGACUGGGGUGAGACAGUGCUAUAUCUGCCGGCGGUUAGGACAUGUAGCUCAGGACUGCCGUUCAAAACAACGCUGUGAAAACUGUCAACGCAAUGGUCACACUUCAGCUACCUGUUGGGCUGUGGCGACUCCUGGUUCAACGCAGCAACGUUCGUCAUCCCUGGUGAGUCACAUCUUGUUUACCACUACUGAUGUGUUAUGCAGUGUAUACAAGCGUCACGCCUACAUCGGCACAGAAAAACUGGUUGUCUACAUAGAUACGGGUAGUAAAUUAAAUAUUUUAACACAAAAUAAAGCGACAUUGUUGAAAUUACCAAUAGCGGCAUCGACCACGGUAAUGCGAGGAUUUGGAGGAACUUGCAUACAAUCGUUGGGGAGGUCGCAAAUAACUGUGCAUAUAGACAAAAUAUGUCUUAGUGGGUACGUUGAAAUAACUAAUUACGAGCUAUCCGAUAUAGAUUUAAUUAUUGGGCAACCUAUGAUUAAUCAAUCGGGGGUAAGUCUGGUAACUACUUCUAGCUCUGCAAAAUUUGUAGAAACUUUAGCAGUUGAUGAUUGCAUAAAGUGCGUUAAAUUGGAAAAUCUAGACUACAAUUGUAAAUUCAAUGUGUACCUAAAAUGUGAUGUCACUUUACCAGCACAAAGUGUCAGUCUAAUUGACGUGACGGUGAAUAUUGAACCCAACGACAAUUUGUACUUCCUGACGAAUUCUGUCUAUAUGCAAUUAGGAAAAUGA